AUUGCAUCCACGUCAGCUGUCCCCUGCUGCGACUCUCCUACCCAUCAUCCUCCCUCACCCCUCUUCCUCCUCAUCUCCUCGUCCUCCUCUUCAUAGCCUCCCCCGCCUCCCUUCUCCUGCCUCCCUCCUCAUCGGCCUCCAAGAUAGAUUCCCUCAGGAGUAAGGUUGACCUGCUCAAGCUGCCCCUGACUCUGUCAACUAAGUCCAUCUCCGAGCGUAAGAGCCAGCUGGGCGGAGUCGGCGAGCAGUGCGGUACUCGGGGAGGAGGAGGAGGCGGGGCCCGUAAAGCCCGCCCACCGCCGACCCGAGACAUGGACAACGAGUCACAGUACUCGGGCUACUCAUACAAGUCGUCCCACUCCAGAAGCUCCCGCAAGCACAGGGAUCGGAGGGACCGUCAUCGCUCCAAGAGCCGAGACAGCAGCAGUCGUGGAGACAAAUCAGUAACUAUACAAACUCCUGGAGAGCCGCUGCUGGAUGCAGAGUCGACCCGCGGAGAUGACAGGGAUGAUAACUGGGGAGAAACCACCACUGUCGUCACCGGCACCUCGGAGCACAGCAUCUCCAAUGAGGACCUGACCCGAGUCACCAAAGAUCUGGAGGAGUCGACGCCGCUGGAGUGCAAGCGUUUCAUUGGACCAGCACUGGGCGGCUGCCUGAGCUUCUUUGCCCUCGUCACCCCACUGGCCUUCCUCAUCCUCCCUCAGGUGUUGUGGCGCGAUGCCCUGGAGCCCUGCGGGACGCCCUGCGAAGGUCUCUACGUCUCGCUGGCCUUCAAGCUGCUGGUGCUGCUCAUCUCCUCCUGGGCCUUGUUCCUCCGGUCGCCCAGAGCCACCCUGCCCCGCUUCUUCGUCUUCCGCUGCCUGCUGAUGGUGCUGGUGUUCCUGUUCGUGGCAUCCUACUGGUUGUUCUACGGCGUUCGGGUGCUGGAGCCCCGGGAGAGGGACUACCGGGGCAUCGUGGAGUACGCUGCCUCGCUGGUGGACGCUCUGCUCUUCAUCCAGUACCUGGCGCUGGUGCUGUUGGAGGUCCGACACAUGCAGCCGGCCUUCUGCCUCAAGGUGGUCCGGAGCACCGACGGGGCCAGCAAAUUCUACAAUGUGGGACACCUCAGUAUCCAGCGGGCGGCCGUCUGGGUGUUGGACCGCUAUUACAGUGACUUUACCGUCUACAAUCCUGCGCUGCUCAACCUGCCCAAGUCCAUCCUGUCCAAGAAGAUGACCGGCUUCAAGGUUUACUCCCUGGACGAAAGCACCACCAACAACUCCACAGGCCAGUCCCGGGCCAUGAUAGCAGCCGCUGCCAGGAGGAGAGACAACUCCCACAACGAGUACUACUACGAGGAGGCCGAGAUGGACCGCAGGAUCCGCAAACGCAAGGCCAGGCUGGUUGUGGCGGUGGAAGAAGCUUUCACACACAUCAAACGUCUCCACGAGGACGAGGCGGCUUCGUCUCCCAAACACCCCAGAGAGGUGAUGGAUCCUCGGGAGGCGGCUCAGGCCAUCUUCGCCCCAAUGGCCCGGGCCAUGCAGAAGUACCUGAGGACCACCAGACAACAGGCCUUCCACAGCAUGGAGAGCAUCCUCACACACCUGCAGUUCUGCAUCACACACAACAUGACGCCCAAGGCGUUCCUGGAGCGGUACCUGGGCCCCGGACCCACCAUGCAGUACCAGCAGCAGGGUGGCAGGGGGCGCCAGUGGACUCUGGUGAGCGAGGAGCCGGUGACGUCGGCGCUCCGCCAGGGUCUCGUCUUCUCGCUGCGCCGUCUAGACUUCUCCCUGGUUGUCACGGUAACGUCGCUCCCCUUCCUGCGGCUCGGCGAGGAGUUCAUCGACCCCAAGAGCCACAAGUUUGUGAUGCGACUGCAGUCGGAGACGUCGGUGUGAACAACGGUGCUUCCAUUCUCGUCCAAUCACUUCCCUCUCUCUGUGACAAUGAAACCAUUGGAGGAGGUGACGUCGCCUCCUCGUCAUCACAGAUGCUCUGAUAUCAAACUGUGAUCAGCUCGAUGAUUGUCCAAACCCUGGAAACAAACGGAUGCCUUGCCCCCUCCUUUUUUAAAAGAAAAAUUCUGUGUUGUUUAUCCUUUGCAACACUCUGUAAAGUUUGUUGUGUUUUAUCUGAAGGGGGCUUUUUUUUCUCCUUAUGCCUCUUCUUCUGCUGUAACCACUGGACUACUUUACUGUGCUGACUCACCACGCCAACACCAGAGGAGGGGAUUACAUCACAUCUGCCACUUCCUCUUUCUCAUGUCUUAAAAAAAAAAACAACUGGAUCUCGGCUCUCAUGGUGUACUGCUGCCUUCUGGCUCCCCGUCAGAGUGUCACUGUGUUUGACUGGUUGUUACAUCAGAGGGAGCAACUUUUUUUUGAUCGUUUUUGUAACUUACAGAAUGUAGCAUUACGUGCAGCGAGUUAACAUGUUGCUUUCCUGCGGCCUAAAGAGCCAAAAUGUCUUGUUUUUUAAUGUGACUUAAGAAAAAUGGAAGUACAUUCCUCACUUGUUGUUACUCCAAACUCUGUAUGAUUGUUUAAAUGUGCAGCUUUAAUUAUUUCACAAUGGUAUUUUAUACUCUUGGUGUCACAGUUUUAACAGGAAGACUUAAAAAAAACACAUUUCACCUGGUAUUCAUGUGUAAUCGGUAUUUUACUUAGAUAAAGAUGAUCAAAUUUGAGCCAAAUCUGGCAAAAAGACGACACCUGCAGCUCAUAUUUACAUUAUUUAGUUUUGAAAGAGGCUCAAGAAUUUUAUAAAACACUUUCAGUCUGUACGUUUUAGCAAAUUUUACUCAAACAUGAGCAAGAAGUGCAUUUUAUAGCUGGUGACUGUUAAAAUACAAGUAUAUCAGGCAGCAGGAUGGUGUUUGUGGCUUUGAGCCAGAAUCAACUAGUGUGUUCAGUCAUAAAAACACGUCUGUUAGUAUGACAGUGCAGCUCAGCGAUGCACUGUCACUACUAUUUGGAGCAUAACAUGCAUUAAUCUCUUAAAUCAGAGCAAAAUGGGUGAAAAAAUUAGUUUGGUUGUUAAUUUUGUUUUUUUAAUGAGGCUCGACAUUAUGAGAAAUAAAGAGCUAAUGCAAUCUGUAUAGUUUUUUCAACAUUUGGUGGGAAAAAGUAUUUGCUUUUCAUGUUAAAAUGUCACUUUAAUCUUCUAAAUGCUAAAAACACUACAGAUCAUCUGCAGCCUGAUGUGCAAAAACUGUCUCAACCCAACAACAGUCGAAGUUACUUUUAGUUUCUGCCACAUUUCAUGGCUCUCUCUCUCUCUCUCUCUCUCUCUCUCUCUCUCUCCCUCUCUCUUUUGGCAAUGGAGUUGCUCAGUUUUGUUGAUUCUUCUUCAUCUUGAGCUGCUUUGCUGUGCAGUAAUCUCCAUAGAUUGCACACUUAUGUGUUAAAUAAUAAGGCAAAUAAUCACUUUUUUAGACUGACUGAAAAAUAUCCAGCAAACUCUUUUGCUAAAUCUUUCAUCGGUUGGAAAUGAGACAUUUUAAGCUGCUGUUUUAGACUCUGGGAGGCACAUUUUUCACCAUUUUCUAACAUUUUUUAGAAAAAAAGAUGGAUUUAGUAGGUAAAUUUGCAGAGAAAUUAAUGAAUUGCAGCAUUAGUGAAGAAUCUACAGAAUAACUAGCCUCCAUUUUUGUCAAGCAAAAACAAUACGAAUGUUUACAACAGCAUCACUUUCCAACAUGCAAGUUUUCCAUCAUUCCUGCUUCCCUAAUUUGCACAUUUUUGCUGUUCUGUGGAAACCGUGUUCUUUUGUCAGCUUUUUUUUUUCCAAUAUCUGGAAAUUGUUAGAAAUAUGCACGCAUGGUUUUCAUUGGAUGGUGCACAACUGAUAUGCUACCGCUGUUUAAUGAUUUAAUGCAGAAAAAAGGGCUGUAAUCUAAAGAAAAUGCAGAUCCCAGUGUAAAACCAGGUGUAAAUGUGUCCACAGAAGGAGCGCAGUCACUGAUCAGGCAGCUGGAGUUUAACUAGGAGCUGCAGCUUUUUAUUCUGAAGUUGUUGUUUUUUGUUUUUUGUUUUUUUACAGUUUUAAUCACAAGAAUCCCAAACCAGACGUGUGAUUGUCUCUGCAGCUGUAGCUUCUCACCGCCUUGUGCCACCAGCUGACCCUUUAACUCGGCCUUAUUCUCCAGACGUGGAGGAGCUGCACACUUCCCCCUCUGCAGGUCCUGAUGCUGAGACCUGAGCUGCUCCGUUUGUACAGUUUUCUGAGCCACAAACACAACAGUUCUUUCCAAAUAUGUUUUAAAAAAACUGAAAAGUAAAGGCCCUUUCUGAGAAGAAAUAUCCAGAAAAACGGGUCCAACAUGUUUGGCAUUUCAUCUGAGUGAUCAAAAUGUUUUUUUCUGAAAAUGCAUGCAUAGAGUUAUUUUGGGCUCCAAAAGUUUUUUUUAUAUCAACUUGUUUUCUAUCAUUUUUUAAAGGUGCCUAAGUUAUAAUGAUGCAAAUAUUCAGAAUGUUUUUACUUUUUGAAAACAAGUGGCCUGUAAAAAAACAAACAAAAAAAGCAUCAUUUGUAGAUUUGUGUUGUAUUUUUCUUCCUUUUUGGUAACUGUAGCUUGUAUAGUGUGCUAGGCAUUUUUCCAUUAUUAAACCAUUUAUUCCGUA